AACCUGCGGCCCGGCUACCGCGACCGCAUCCGCAUCCUGGAGAACGGGUCGCUGCUCAUCAGCCCGCUGCAGCUCGCCGACGAGGGCACCUACGAGGUGGAGGUGUCCAUCACGGAUGACACGUUCACCGGGGAGAAGACCAUCAACCUCACGGUGGACAUCCCCGUGUCGAAGCCGCACGUGGCCGUGGCCUCGUCGACGGUGCUGGAGCUGAGCGAGUUCGUGACGCUCAACUGCUCGCACGCCAACGGCACCAAGGCGCGCUACACGUGGCUCAAGGACGGGCGCCCGCUGGGCAACGACUCGCGCCUGCUGCUCUCGCCCGACCGCAAGGCGCUCACCAUCACGCGCGUGCUCAUGGCCGACGACGACGUCUACAGCUGCCUCGUGGAGAACCCCAUCAGCCAGGGCCGCAGCGGGCCGCUCAAGCUCACCGUGUACCGUCGCAGCUCGCUCUAUGUCAUCCUCUCCACCGGGGGCAUCUUCCUGCUGGUGACGCUGGUGACCGUGUGCGCCUGCUGGAAGCCCUCCAAGAAGUAUGGGGCAGGGGGCAAGCGGGGAGCGGAGGCGCCCAGCGGCGGCGGCGACUUCGCUGAGCAGGACGAGGAGCAGCUCAAGCAUGAGG